AGCUUAACAGAAGUUUCCGGUGAGUUACGAAAACGUCACGUCAAAUUUGUGAAUUUAAAAGUAUUUUAGGCGUCCCUGUUGUUACAUGGUCUAUUUUUCACAAUGUGAUUUCGUCCCAAACCCUUGUCUUCAUGGAACUUGACAGCAGCAGAGAACAUCUAGACAUAUUUCAUCAAACUGAAAGAGACUGAUAUGUAUAGCUUGAUCAUCAACUGAAUAGUGAAAACUUGUAUAUACUAAUAGUCCCUAUGGCUGGCUGCACCAAAGCUAUCUACAACUACAACAUUAGCAAGAUGAGAACAAUCACGAUCUCAUCGAAAGCCCAAAAUUUCAUUACAACAAAUCUGAUUUCAAUACUACAAAAACAACACCAUUCUACACAGUUUGUACCAGAAUUUCAACCCAUUCAGACUGAAGAUGUGCAGAAAUUACAAUAUUUUGUGUCUGAUGCAAAGCAGAUGUUCGUCAUGACAGGAGCUGGUAUAUCUACAGAAAGUGGAAUUCCUGACUAUCGCUCGGAGGGUGUUGGUCUGUACGCCCGAAGUACGAACAGACCAGUUCAGUACCAAGACUAUGUAAAGAGUAGCACAAUAAGACAGCGCUAUUGGGCACGAAAUUAUGUUGCCUGGCCCCGUUGGUCAUCAACCCAACCGAAUCAAACUCAUAAAACUUUAGCAGAUUGGGAAAAUGAAGGCAAAAUUCACUGGUUAGUCACGCAGAAUGUUGAUUCGUUACAUUUUAAAGCUGGUAGUAAAAAUUUGACUGAAUUACAUGGUUCGACCUAUAGAAUAAUGUGCUUAGGGUGCGAUAAUAUGUUCCCGAGGACUCAGUUACAAGAUAUGAUUGCUGCAGAGAAUCCUAAUUGGUCUGCUGCAUCUGCGGAGCAUGCUCCAGAUGGGGAUGUAGCGCUCUCCCCUGAACAAGUGGCAGGAUUCAAGGUCCCAAACUGUAAUAAAUGUGGAGGUACUUUGAAACCAGACAUAACAUUCUUUGGGGAUAAUGUUGCACGUGAUAAAGUUAGCUUUGUCUUCAAUAAACUGGAAGAAUGCGACAGCGUUCUGGUUCUCGGCUCAUCUCUACAGGUUUACUCAGGGUACAGGUUCCUGAUGAGGGCAGCUGAGCAGAGAAAACCUAUAGGCAUUGUGAAUAUUGGGUCUACCAGAGCAGACCAUCUUGCGAAUGUUAUGGUCAAAGCAAAAUGUAGUGAUGUUUUAGCCAGAAUCGAUUGCACAGAUAGUAUACAUUGGACUUGAAAGACUUGAAUUGCAUACAGUAGUAUACAUUGGACUUCAAUCACAGUGGUUGAGGAAUUUGACUUACCAUAAGACUAUGUUGAUUGUGAGGACAUUUUAGAUAAUAUAAGGGCUAUACUUCUCAACCCUUCAGGUGAGCUAAAUAUAAUUUUCCAAUAGGGAUAGUCAAUGGAGUCAAGUCUAUAAACACUCUGAUAAGGAUAGUUUGCAUGUGACUCUGAGCCCAAGUUUUAAUCCGAUUUGGUCCAAAAGAAUAAAAUAUAUUGGUCUCACAAGGGUAGAUCUGUAUAAUGAGUCGUCAAGCCCAAGUGCAGUGAUGAUUAAGCUGAAUGGUGGGUAUGAUACUCUAUCUUUUUGUAUUGUAUUCUUUUUAGUAAUUACAAGGUUUUGAACACAUCCGUUUUAAAUACUGGGUGUUCAGAAACAAACAAAUAUUGACCAUUUGAAAUUGUUACCCCAUUACUCAGUUAUACGUUUUAUCCUUUUAUGGAGAAUUAAACCAAGUGCAGUAUAUUAGUAUAACGUGUAGGUGUUGUUUAUAUUGAGCUAGAAUACUGGAAUACAUUUUAGUAAUAAAUAUUAACCAAUUUUCAGGUAUAUUAUUAACAAAACACAAUUUACACUGAUAUUAUAUAUUUAUUCAUAUGUAUGAAAUAUGACUGUACAAUGAUUAGAUAUCAAAAAUAAAAAUGAAAACUGAUACAGGGUGUUUCAUUUCUUAUGUUACAGUGUUAAAAGCUAUGAUGCAUUAUGAAUAGACUUAGGUCAUACUCCGCAUGCUGAACAGUAUUGUUGUGUUGCAUUCCAUCGUGUUAAACUCCACAUUAAUGUCCGAGAUAAAGGUUUUUAAUGGAAACAUACCAGUAAAAUAAGAAUCUGUGAUUGAGUAUUACUGUACCUCUUAAGGGCCAUGUUAUGUUGUCACGGAGAUAUACUGGAGCUACCCCCUUCUCUUUCCUGAUUGGUCAGUAGAGGAUGGGGGGACAGACGUAAUGCAACAUUCGCCAUAACUUUAACAUAAGGAACAAGAAGGAUUGUAUGAAAGACAAAGUACAAUACAUUAAGUGCAACUGAAAACAAACUUUACCAAAUUAUGAAUGAUAAAUCAGACAUUUUCACUAUGUAAAGUCUGUCUCCACCGGCACUGUAAAUAACAUAAAUUAUUAUUAAUAUUAUUAGGACCUGAGUAAUAUGGAUUGACUAUA